AUGACUCAGUACUCAGGAAAGCGUUAGUCAGAAAUAACAGCCCUCGCAGCUUUCUCCUGCGCCGGUCUCCUUUAAUCUUGUGGUCGCAACAAACAGAUCGUGUUCUAUGAAGGGAAAUGCUUCACCGGGAGGAAGCUGGAGAUCUGCAGCGACUGCGACAACUUCCAGGACCGCGGCUUUAUGAACAGGGUCAACUCGGUGCGCGUGGAGAGCGGGGCCUUCGUCUGCUUCGACCACCCGGACUUCAAGGGCCAGCAGUACAUCCUGGAGCACGGCGAGUACCCCGAGUUCCAGCGCUGGAACGCACACAACGACCACAUGGGCUCCUGCCGGCCCGUCAGGAUGCACGGAGAGCACUACAGGAUGGAGCUGUUCGAGGAGGGCAACUUCGGCGGCCAGUGCGUGGAGCUGUGCGACGACUGUCCAUUCCUGCAGGCGCGAGGCCUCGCCAAGAAAUGCGUCAACUCCAUCAAGGUCUACGGAGACGGCGCCUGGGUGCUCUACGAGGAUCCUAACUACCACGGCCGCAUGUACGUGGUGGAGCGAGGCAACUACUGCACCCACGUGGAGUGGCAGGCGGAGAACCCCAACAUCCAGUCGGUGCGCAGGGUGGCCAACUACUUCUGAGGCCGCAGGCGCGUGACGCGAACGCACACUCGCGCUGUGGGAGAUAAUAAAAACGCAAAUGUUCGACA